UACUGAGUACAUGCAUAAUUAUUAAGUACUACCUACCUAGUAGUAUGUAAAAUUGUAAAUUCUAGGCUGCAAGACUUUGGAACUUUAUUGUUGACCUUGGGCCUUUAACUAAUUUCCAACUCAUUAUAUUAAUUAUCAUAAUUCCAGAAAUUACUCAUACUCCCGGGGAAAAGAGAAAAACGGAACAAGAAAAACAAAUCAACCCGGAUCAAAUGGCAACAGACUCACCUUUGACCCCAUCAGUCAAGCCGAAUAAUAACCCAGGAAAACGUCUUCACUCCCAAAAAUCCAAGGAUCAGUUAUUCAAGCCAUUCAAAUGUCCUGGCGCGGCAAGAGCAACACCAGCCGCAGACCGUCCAGCUCGAAAACGAAAAAAGGUUGACUACAAAGGAGCUGGUGGUGAUGACUCAGAGGACAAGCCUUAUACGAAUGCCGACCGAUUAGCUUUAGCGAACCGAGAUGUCAACCGCUUUCCCGUCUUCCAGCCAAAGGACAAGGACAAGGUCUUCAGAAAAGCCUUCAGCAUACCUCUUAUCAACAAAAACAAUGGCUCCUACAACCCCAACCGUCCGCCACCCACCCUCGGCUUAAGACAAGGCGCUGCCUUUGUAGCCAAGCCCCUACACGACCCCACCGGCGAAUUCUCCAUUGUGCUAUACGAUCCUACCAUUGAUGACAAGCCCAAAGUGGGAGAUAAGCCGAAAGAAGAUGAAGUCAAGGAUGAGGAGAAAAUAGAUGCGCCUCUGGUCCACAAGAGCUUGGCUGAGAUUCUAGGCAUUCGAAAGAAGGUCGAGGGUGAACACCCGAGAGUUCCAGUUGUCAUCGAUCCAAGGCUCGCCAAAGUGUUGCGGCCACAUCAGAUCGAAGGUGUCAAGUUCAUGUACCAAUGUGUCACUGGGAUGAUCGACGAAAAGGCCAAUGGUUGUAUUAUGGCCGACGAAAUGGGUCUAGGAAAGACGCUGCAAUGCAUCACGCUUCUCUGGACCUUACUUAAACAAUCUCCAGAGGCCGGCAAGACGACGAUUCAAAAAGCGAUCGUGGCAUGUCCCUCUAGUUUGGUCCGCAAUUGGGCUAACGAAUUGACUAAAUGGCUUGGUGCUGAUGCCAUCACCCCUUUUGCAAUCGAUGGAAAGGCGACCAAGGAAGAAUUAGUUAGACAAUUACGCCAAUGGGCAAUUGCUAGCGGACGUGCAGUAACACGGCCAGUCAUCAUUGUCUCCUACGAGACACUUAGGCUGAAUGUUGAGGAGCUUAAGAACACUCAAAUCGGCUUGAUGUUGUGUGAUGAGGGCCAUCGAUUAAAAAAUGGCGACAGUCGAACGUUUACUGCUCUAAACAACCUUCAGGUCACUAGAAGAGUGAUUCUUUCUGGUACACCCAUCCAGAAUGAUCUUUCCGAAUACUUCUCCUUGAUCAGCUUUGCAAAUCCUGGCCUACUUGGUAACCGGCUGGAAUUUCGAAAACGAUUCGAGCUUCCUAUUCUGCGAGGUCGAGAUGCCGAUGCGAGUGAACACGAACGCUCCAAAGGGGACGAGUGUUUAGGUGAGUUGCUUGGCGUCGUGAACAAAUUCAUCAUCCGGCGCACCAACGAUAUUCUAUCCAAAUAUCUCCCAGUUAAAUACGAACACGUCGUAUUCUGUAAUCUGGCUCCCUUCCAACUUGAUCUCUACAACUACUUCAUCAAGAGUCCAGAUAUUCAAGCGCUUCUGCGUGGCAAAGGAAGCCAGCCUCUCAAAGCCAUCACCCUACUCAAGAAGUUAUGCAAUCAUCCAGAUCUACUCAACCUCGCCGAUGAUUUGCCUGGCUGUGAGGAUUUCUGGCCGGAGGAUUACACACCGAAAGAUUCACGUGGACGCGAUCGAGAUGUCAAGCCGUGGUACUCUGGAAAGAUGCGGGUCCUCGACCGAAUGUUAGCACGAAUCCGUCAAGAUACAAACGACAAGAUUGUUCUCAUUAGCAAUUAUACCUCCACCCUCGACCUCUUCGCUCAGCUCUGCCGCCACCGUGCAUACGGCCACUUGCGUCUCGAUGGCACCAUGAACGUCAGCAAGCGCCAAAAGCUUGUUGACAAAUUCAACGACCCAGAUGGCAGCGAAUUCGUCUUUCUUCUUUCCAGCAAGGCUGGUGGCUGUGGUCUCAACCUGAUCGGCGCCAAUCGUCUCGUGCUCUUUGAUCCCGACUGGAACCCGGCAGCUGACCAACAAGCGCUCGCGCGUGUGUGGCGUGACGGACAGAAGAAGGACUGUUUCGUGUAUCGGUUCAUCGCUACAGGUACGAUCGAAGAGAAGAUUUUCCAACGGCAGAGCCACAAGCAAUCGCUAUCCUCUUGCGUCGUCGACUCAGCCGAGGACGUCGAGCGCCACUUCUCGCUCGACAGUCUAAGAGAGCUUUUCCAGUACAGAGGUGACACACGCAGCGACACCCACGACACGUUCAAGUGCAAGAGGUGCAAGCCCGACGGCAAGCAGUUCAUCAAAGCUCCCGCUAUGCUGUACGGCGAUACGAGUACCUGGAAUCACUUUGUGAACAGCGGGCUGAAGCCUAUACAAGAUUUGCUGCUUAGGCAGGAGUGUGGAGAGGAGGAGGUCUCGGCUGUGUUCCAGUAUAUCUCACAUUAAGGAAGGGCAUCGAGAUACCCAUACUUGCUUUGCUUCAUUCUUGGGAACGGCGAAGAGAGAGGGGCGUAUGUAUGGCGAUGUGACUUACGGGAAGUGUAUCUAAUGGUUGGGUUGGGUUGGUACCUACAUAUAGUGCUGAUAGUGCUGUAAAGACAGACGGAUGGGAGGGAUCACGACAUGAUAUGGCAUUGCACGCAAAGGGCGUUUAAGGAAAUCACGGAGGUGUUGCUUCACGAGGAAUGAUGCAUUGUUAGAUGACUAACCUAACCUAGGUAUAUAAAGUUGCAUUGGCCGAAAACUUGCUCUGUUGGCUUCCUUGGGUAUAUUAAGCGUUGAGCGUUGCAUGGUUGCUUUCGUGAUGUUUUGUUGUACGGCCAGCCAGCCAGCCAGCCAGCCAGUCUUAACUAUUCAUUCGUUGCCU